AUGGUCCCGGUUCUCUUUAACCUGACCCUGGCCAUUGUGUUUGUUCUGACCUGCAUGUCAGCGGUCCCGCUGCGGUGCCACAAGCCGCCGCAGGUGGACCCGCUGACGGCCCACCGGGCCGACCCGCAGUGCUGGGACUCCUCCUCGGCUCUGCUGCUAGACAUGCGGUCUCCGAGGAUAGCCGACACGGUCCCCGCCUUCUGGGACCUGAUGGGGACCCUCCGGUCCUCAGAGGACGGGAAACACGCGGCGCUGUUCUGGGACCUGGCCCGGGUCUUUUGGGAGAUCUACGUGGAAUGCGUGAUGUCCAGGAGCCACGGCAUGGGGAGGAGACACAUCACCUCUGUGCACUCCCUGAUUACUGACAAGUCCUUCAGGUACAACAGCUCGAGAGCUAACUCCUGGACAAAGCUCACAGUCAGAGUGAGACGCAGAGGACACAUCACCAGACUGAAGACUGAACCCAAAUAAAACACAACACAAAUGUCUCUGAGGGUUCCA